GUUUUGCUAUACACAACAGUUAGCUUUACGUUCUUCUCUCCCUCCACGUAGCUGCAAAAACUCGCGUCUCGUGCACGGAUCGUGCGGCGUUUACAAAUUCCUUUCGCAAACGAAGAAAUAUCUGCGCAAAAGUGUUUAAAGGAUUGUGAAUUUGCUGUGUGCGUAAGGAAUAGCAUCGCAGGAUAUCAGACAGAGGAUUUCGCGUUUAACUAAUUUGAACUUUUCGUUGCAACCGUGACUUAGGAUGAAGCUGCUGCGUUCAGCAUCAUUGCUCGCCCUGGUGUUGCUGCUGGCCAUCAGCACGCGCGCCGAAGACGAAAAGGCUGUCGAAACCAAAUCCGCUGAACCCGCCAAGGAAGGUGCCAAGGAAUCCUCCGCCGCUGCUGCCGACGAUAGCGACAGCACCAAAACCAAACGUGGCCUACAUCAUUUCGAGGACUACCAUCACUCAUACCAUCAUCAUCCGAUUCAUGAGGAAAAAACAGUGACCAUCAUCAAGAAGGUGCCCGAACCAUACCCCGUCGAGAAGGUUGUACAUGUGCCCGUCGAAAAACAUAUACCCGUGCCAAUUGAGGUGAAAGUGCCCAAACCAUACCCAGUGGUCAAGCAUGUACCAUAUGAGGUCAAGGAAAUCGUAAAGGUGCCGCAUGAAGUGCCUGCGCCUUAUCCAGUUGAGAAGAAGGUCCCCGUACCCGUGCAUGUGCACUAUGAUCGCCCAGUGCCUGUCAAAGUUUACGUGCCCGCGCCAUACCCAGUUGAGAAGAAGGUUCAUGUACCAGUGAAAGUGCAUGUACCCGCACCAUAUCCAGUUGAAAAGAAGGUGCACUACCCCGUGAAGGUGCACGUGCAUGUCGACAAACCAUACCCAGUCGAGAAGGUCGUCCACUACCCAGUCAAGGUGCAUGUCGACAAGCCAGUGCCUUAUCAUGUUGAAAAACCAGUACCAUAUCAUGUUGAGAAACCAGUGCCAGUGCCAGUGAUCAAGAAGGUGCCCGUACCAGUGCAUGUGCCCUAUGACAACCCCGUGCCAGUGCAUGUUGAGAAACCCGUACCAUACGAAGUCAAAGUUCCAGUACCAGCCCCAUACCCAGUCAUCAAGGAAAUCCCAGUCAAGGUUGAAAAACAUGUGCCCUAUCCAGUCAAGGUACCCGUCGAAAAACCAGUGCCCGUUCACAUUGAAAAGCACGUGCCCGAAUACCACGAGAAACACGUCUCUUACAAGGAACCCGUAUUCGUACACAAGGAAAUUCACGAGCCUGUCCAUCAUGAGGAAUAUCAUCAUGAGGAGAGCCACGACUUUGGUGGUCAUGAGGUGGAAUCUUUUGGCGAAUACGAACAUGAGGAGCAUGAAUACUAAUAUGGCAAUUCUAUCUCACUCUCUCUCUCUCUCUCAUUCAUACACAUUUUGCCUAAAUGCCUUUGCCUUUCGCUCCGUGAACGUUCACUCCGCAACACAUUCGUUCCUUCCCUAUCUCUCCCUCUUUUUUUCGUUACAGCAUUGAGUAAUAAACUGAGAAAGGCUUAUGAAUGUGCGACGUUAGAACGGACCAGCUGGAAAUCAAAAGGAUGUGGAGUUUGUGGCUCGCGAGAGCGUUGUAUGGAGUAUGAGAAGAUUGAGUAGGAUAUACCGUAACCGCGUGAUCGUGAUAUUGGAACGUUUUGGAACUCGAAUUAGGCGAAACGUUUUGGAAUUUGAGAGACACGUACUUUACACACAUAAAAAUAUAACUGAUCUUUUACCAAUUAUUAUUUUUUGUAUGUACAUUUGAUACGAUUUUAGCUUAAGCCAUAAUUUUUUUUUAUACAAACUCAACAAGUAACAUACUUUUUUACUCAUAUACAUAUAGGCAAUAUAAUGAAUAAUUAGUUUUAAGUGUUUUUUAAGCAGUUUUCAAGUUGUACAGAGGAAUAUAUAACACAGUAUUCCGACCAACAGUGAUAUUUGGCGCCGUUGCGACACGUCCAACAGGGUGGGGUUCCUGUGACAUGGCCAAUCGCGUCCUCCGCACACCACCAGCAAACAACGCAUGCGAUUUGGGAACACAGUUCAAAGGCGCACGAGCUUUCGCAGGUGCAUUUCCCAGCGUUGCCUUGCCGGUGGCGUUCGACUUCGAGUUUAAGUGAUAAAUGACAAAUGAUCUUGUUGUUGUUUUGCGUUGAUUUACUCCCAUUGGAGAAAGUAUAUAUAUAUGCCAGCAUGAGUAUAGCUAUCUGUGUAUGUAGCGUUAUAUGUGAGUAAUUGGCAUUAGCUGCGGUGAAUGCUUAAGAAACUUGCAGGUUUAAACGCUUUUGAGAUUCGCUCAACGCUAAGCGCAUAUCAAAGUACAUGUCUAUGUAAAUAUGUUUAUGAACAUAAUCAACUCUGUUUAGUAAAGUAAUAGUGUUAAUCGUGCUGUAAUAAUAAAAUAUAUAUUUUUAAUAGCUCGCUAACUAUAUAUUACAUAGUUAAAUAUGCAACACAUACCUGCAGACAUUUAUAGAGACAAUAUU